AUGUCCCAGAGAAGAGCCGCAGAAAGCUCCCCUUCUGGUAUAAGGGACGACGACGUGUUUACCACAGACUACGCAUCUUCCCCCUCAUCAGCAUCAGCAUAUACCUACACCUUAACUUCCCCUCCUCCAGGAGACGAUUCUGACAAAGGAAAUGUGCCAGUCCAAGUCCAAAGAUCCAAAACACUUCCCACAGAGAUCAUAGACUACAUCUUCUGCCUUUAUCUGGGUGUUAACAUCGUUUUUGCCGCUAUCGAGCCUUUUUCGCGAGCUUCAUCUCAGUUCAGACAGAUAGCCCUUCGAAGAUUCUUUUCUGGUAUUCGUGUCAUGUCUAGAACCAAACUGGAUGCUUAUAAGGAGAUGCAUUCCCUCAUGGCCAAUAAUUGCGAAACACAUCAAGACGUAGGGUUGUCUUGGGUAAAAGAUGGACGGGGGACCCAAAGAAACCGCGUAAACCGUAUCUUUUCAAUCCCUCACCCGACAACACCAUUUCCAGCGACCUUGACGACCUUGACCGUAGUCGCAUUAUCGCGCAUCGAUGGUCAACUGCUCACCUCAAUUGCCAGUGUGCUCCCGGCGCUCACAGUUCUUCACCUUAGCUGUACUGAAAACUUGGACAUAUCGUGCUGCUGGGCCUGUUUCGCGGAGAGCGCAAGUGCCGUGGUCCACUCACCGAUUCCUAAUCACUUCACUAAUAUUAAAAAACUGACGGGCGAGUUCUCAACAGCCUUGAAGGGACUCACCAAACUAACAGAUCUUCACCUGGGCAUAUUCCUCUCCGAUGAAGACUUGAUCAACACCAUACUCGAUGAUUAUGAAGAUCUGAGAACUUUCAGACACACUCUACGCAGUGUAUUCUUCCCUGACAUGGGGCCAGGAUGCGACUCAAGCAUCAGCCAAUCUAGUGACUAUGAAGACACGCCCACAUUUCACGAAAACGAUAGCGAAGAACAUGCGGCCUGUGGCGAACCCCUUUUCAAACAUGACUCCAACCAGUGUCCUGUAUGUCGAACCCUGGCUUCAGCUCCAGCUAUCAGAAUCCGAGAGCUCGAAGCUAGUCUAGGCCUAGCCCAAAAUCUGAAGUCGUUACGCACCGUUGGCUGGAGCUCCUUCUUUUCUCGCUUGUCAGUCCCAGUAGAGAAGCGCAAGGGAGACUGGGAGAGAACAGUAAAGUUCCAUAUCGCACGUUCAGAUGGAAGGAUUCGGGUAAGAAAGCGGCCUUGGUUGUGA